GUUGUGGCCGGCGGCGGCCCUUGGCGUCAAGCCCUAGCAAAGUUGCGGACAGGCGGAGGGCCGGCCAGAGACCUGGACAGGGCGGCGGUGAGCGCAGGGGCGAGGUUGUCGGCGGAUUUGCUCCAGGACGACGACAACGGCGAGCUCGGGGACGACGGUGACGGUGAGCGCCGUGGAGAGAGCCAUGGGGUUUUUUGCAUGAGAAGACGGGAUUGGUUCCUCCGAAAAUGUUGAGGGCUGGUUUGCAAAAUUAGAGGGAUGGAAGUGGGCGUUUAAUUGCAAAAAAUUCUAAAAGUGAACACAGGCGCAAGAUGAAAAUCGGGCGACUGUGAUGUGUGGGAUGCACGAGUGCACCUGGACGAGAGAUUCACAAGAUACGGCGCCAUAUAUAUAUAUAUGUGUGUGUGUGUGUGCGCGCGCCAUAUAUAUAUACGUAUCUUAUGAAUCCCUCAUCCAGGUGCACUCCUGCAUCCCACGCAUCAGAACCAGCCGAUUGCCAUCCUACGCAUGUGCUUAGUUUUACAAAUUUUUGCAAUUAAGCGCCCGCUCCCAUCCCUCUAAUUUGCAAAACCAACCCUGAAUAUUUUUGGCGGAAUCAAUCAAUCGUCUUCUCCUGCAAAAGGCCGUUGGCUCUCUCCACGGCCGCCGCCGUCGUCUCGCCCGGAGCGAUCCGCCGUCACCCCCGUGCGCUCCCCCGACCUGCAAAAACGCUUGAAUUGUGCACUUGAAAGGAGAAGGAAUUUCAGCCACCUGACACAUACGUUGAGAGGUCUCAUAAAGCUGUGGCAAAGAUCGAUCUGAUGUGUGCUGCACUGCCCUGUUUUCUCCCGUUCCAAGGCAGAUCAUAUUGCCUAAGGCCUUCAGCAUCAUUAUUGGCAAUGGAAUCUAACAUGCAAAUACUCAUGAACGAGGAGGGAUUUACUACACCCAUAAAGAAAGCAAGUGUUCCUUUAGUUUGUUCAUAUUUUAUACCUGAAUGUGAAGAGAAAUUGAAGCCUAAAGUAGGAAUGACAUCUGAAGGACUAAAGGCUGUGGAGGAGUUCUACAAGUCUUAUGCACAUCACUCUGGUUUUGGAUUUCGUAUUGGACAACAAAAGAAGUUGGACAAUGAGUUAGUUCGUAGUAAACGUUAUAUGUGUAACAGGGAAGGAUUCAAGUCUGAAAAUGGUAAUGAGAUUAUUGAUCCAUCAGUGAAAAGACGUAAGAACACAGCCACAAGAUGUGGUUGUGAUGCACAUAUUUUUGUGAAGUUGUGUGUAACUGACACCUACAAGAUAGAAUCAUGGGUUGAACACCACAAUCAUAGUCUCGUGUCACCUGAUAAGCGUAAUUUGAUCAGAUCAAAUCGUCAAGUUAGUGAGAGGGCAAAGAAUACAUUGUACACAUGCAACAAAGCAAGUAUAGGCACCUGCCAAGCAUACAGGCUCCUCCAAGUCAGCGAGGGUGGAUUUUCAAAUGUUGGAUGCACGAAGAGGGACUUGCAGAACUACUAUCGUGACCUCAAGUAUAAAAUCAGAAAUGCAGAUGCCCAAAUGUUUGUGUCUCAGCUAGCUAGAAAGCAUGAAGCUAAUCCAUCAUUUUUCUAUGAUUUUGUGGUGAGUGAAGAAGGGAAGUUGAUGUAUGUGUUCUGGGCAGAUGCCACAACUAGGAAGAACUAA